UUUAACUCCACAGCUUUCCCAGUUCUUUCUCUCUAUGCCCAUCUUUCUUUCUUUCUUUGUUGUUUUCUCUUCUUUUUGGGUGUUUCUUGCCCCAGCUCCCUUUAAUACAUCUGGAAAGAUGAAGAGGCAGCUGCUAUGGUAAACUGUGCAUUUUGGUUAAUGAAUAGCAGACUAAUAAGAUAUAUAAAACGUAUGCAAACUAUUUAGUUGAUGUCAAAGCCAUAGAGAUACAAUACUUUUCCUUCUAAAGAAUACUCAACUUUCCUGUGGUAUUUUGUUUUCUAAUUUGCCAUUUGUGAUAUUGUAAUGCUACCACAAAGUAUUCCUCUUUCUGCUUAGUCUGCUCAGUAUUUCACCUUGUGGUAUACUUAUAGGAGUUAAUUUAAAGUACACAGGGAAAAGAAUCUGUCAGCUGUGUAAAGGACAUUUCCCUUAGAUGCAUAAAGAGAAAAAUGCAUCUAAAGAAUAGGAACAAAAUUUUCUGAAAUAUUUAUGGUUUUGACAUAACUUUUUUUGGGAGGGGCAUUACUGGGAGUUUUAAACUCAGGGUCUCAUGCUUGCUAAGUAAGGGCUCUAGCACUUUAGCCAUACCCCCAGCUGUAACUUUUUUGUUCUCUUGUUUUUUUGGCUACUGGUACUCUUUUUCUGGGUUUCUUUCUUAGGUUAGAAACAGUAAGUAAUAUACUUCUUGAAAAUGUUUCUAUCAUAACAUCCAGCUGCAGCUGGGUUAUUGCUUUCAGUCAAGCCUUGAAAAUUCUUGUAAUCUGUGUCAUCCUGUCUCAUACUGUCCCAUCUCAUAGUUGUCCUCUCUCUGCAGUGCUCUAUGCCCAGGUCUCUGUGGCUGGGCUGCUCCAGCCUGGCGGACAGCAUGCCUUCACUGCGGUGCCUGUAUAACCCAGGGACUGGCGCACUCACAGCUUUCCAGAAUUCCUCAGAGAGAGAAGACUGUAAUAAUGGCGAACCCCCUAGGAAGAUAAUUCCAGAGAAGAAUUCACUUAGACAGACUUACAGCAGCUGUGCCAGACUCUGCAUAAACCAGGAAACAGUAUGUCUGGCAAACACUGCUAUGAAGACUGAAAAUUGUGUUGCCAAAACAAAACUUGCCAAUGGCACGUCCAGCAUGAUUGUGCCUAAACAGCGGAAACUCUCAGCAAGCUAUGAAAAGGAAAAGGAACUGUGUGUCAAAUAUUUCGAGCAGUGGUCAGAGUCUGAUCAAGUAGAAUUUGUGGAACAUCUUAUAUCCCAAAUGUGUCAUUACCAACAUGGGCAUAUAAACUCAUAUCUUAAACCUAUGUUGCAGAGAGAUUUCAUAACUGCUCUGCCAGCUCGAGGUUUGGAUCAUAUUGCUGAGAACAUUCUGUCAUACUUGGAUGCCAAAUCACUAUGUGCUGCUGAACUUGUAUGCAAAGAAUGGUACCGAGUGACAUCAGAUGGCAUGUUAUGGAAGAAGCUUAUCGAGAGAAUGGUCAGGACAGAUUCUCUGUGGAGAGGUCUGGCAGAACGAAGAGGGUGGGGACAGUAUUUAUUCAAAAACAAACCACCUGAUGGGAACGCUCCUCCUAACUCUUUUUAUAGAGCACUUUAUCCUAAAAUUAUACAAGAUAUUGAGACAAUAGAAUCUAAUUGGAGAUGUGGGCGACAUAGUUUACAGAGAAUCCACUGCCGAAGCGAAACAAGCAAAGGAGUUUACUGUUUACAGUAUGAUGACCAGAAAAUAGUAAGCGGCCUUCGAGACAACACAAUCAAGAUCUGGGAUAAAAGCACAUUGGAAUGCAAGCGAAUUCUCACAGGCCACACAGGUUCUGUCCUGUGUCUCCAGUAUGACGAGAGAGUGAUCAUAACUGGAUCAUCGGAUUCCACAGUCAGAGUGUGGGAUGUAAAUACAGGUGAAAUGCUAAACACGUUGAUUCACCAUUGUGAAGCAGUUCUGCACUUGCGUUUCAAUAAUGGUAUGAUGGUGACCUGCUCCAAAGAUCGUUCCAUCGCUGUAUGGGAUAUGGCUUCCCCAACUGAUAUCACCCUCCGGAGGGUGCUGGUAGGACACCGAGCUGCAGUCAAUGUUGUUGACUUUGACGACAAGUACAUUGUUUCUGCAUCUGGGGAUAGAACUAUAAAGGUGUGGAACACAAGUACUUGUGAAUUUGUAAGGACCCUAAAUGGACACAAACGAGGCAUUGCAUGUUUGCAGUACAGAGACAGGCUGGUGGUGAGUGGGUCAUCUGACAACACUAUCAGAUUAUGGGACAUAGAAUGUGGUGCAUGUUUGCGAGUGUUAGAAGGCCAUGAGGAAUUAGUGCGUUGUAUUCGAUUUGAUAACAAAAGGAUAGUCAGUGGCGCCUAUGAUGGAAAAAUUAAAGUGUGGGAUCUUAUGGCUGCUUUGGACCCCCGUGCUCCUGCAGGGACUCUCUGUCUACGGACCCUGGUGGAGCAUUCUGGAAGAGUUUUCCGGCUCCAGUUUGAUGAAUUCCAGAUUGUCAGUAGUUCACAUGAUGACACAAUACUCAUCUGGGACUUCCUAAAUGAUCCAGCUGCCCAAGCUGAACCCCCCCGUUCCCCUUCUCGAACAUACACCUAUAUCUCCAGAUAAAUAACCAAACACUGACCUCAUACAUGCCCAGGACUCAUUAAAGUUGCGGUAUUUAACAUAUCUGCCAAAACCAGGAUGAGCAACAACAGCAACAAUCAAACUCCUACCCGGUUUCCCCAGACCAGUGAGGAGCAGGGCUUUGAGACUCCUGUUGGGACACAGUUGGUCUGCAGCUGGCCAGGAUGGUCUGCUCAGCACAGCCGACUGCUUCAGUGCUGCUAUCAGAAGAUGUCUUCUAUCUUGAGUGAUUGAUUGGAACUUUUAAACCCUCCUCUCCUCUCCUCCCUCUUCCCCCUCUGCACCUGUUUCUCUCUCACUGGGUUCCAGACAAAGAUGACUUAUAAAUAUAUAUAGUGUUUUGCCAGAAUCUCUCUUGCUUUGCCAUUAAGCAGAACUAGUUUUCCCAUAUGGCCCACUUCAAGGGGACAGGAGAAAGAAGCUUCCAGGCAGACAGCACCUUGUGUCCCCUGUGAACUGCAGGAGUGGUCCUGUGCCCUAUGCCUGGCCAGAGCAGCCCAGCCACUAUGUGGAGCCCUCUGCACAACUUCAGGAAGAGAGAAAAGGAGAGGGGGUUGGGUAAAAGGAAUACACACACUGGAAGAACUGGGCCUGCUGCUUCCCUCCACUGUCUGUUUCUGUCCCUCUUCCCUGCUCCCCACAAAUCCUUUUCAACCUGAGAAGGCAUGUGAAGAGAGUGUCUGCAGCUAGCAUGACGCAGAGCCACUAGAAAAUGUGACACUUGGAAGAGUUAUGUGUAUACGGUCACAGUUUCACACCCAAAGUGACCCUGAAACAGCAGUGGAUUCAUAGACAUGACACUCUCAUCAUAUUUUCAAGUCUACUCUCAUCCCUUUCUUCCCCUUGCCUGUAGGGGAGGGAACAAAAAUGUCCUGGGCACUGACAGUGGCUGCUUCUCCUGGACUCAGCAGUGUCCUCGAUUCCAUGUAGAUUGUGGAAAGAAGCUGCUGAUUGCAUUUCCUCUCGUUAACAAUUAGAUGUGUAAUAAAAAGCAUUGUGCUUCAUCUUCAAUCACUAGCAAGGCUUGGCCUACAGAAAGGCUGGAAGUGGCCAGAGCUAGCCAUUUAGUGUAUUCUGUAUCAUGGCUCUCAUCUCUAUUUCCUCAACCGAUCCUGUGAGCACCUAGGCGCCUGUAACUUCCCAGACCUCAAAUGGAGUAGCUUAAGAGAUGGUCAGGAGUGAAAGCUGAUUCAUUUAUAUCUAGGCCAGUAAAUAUCAUCUCUCAGAAAUCAAUCUAACCAUCUCAUCCUUGCAUUGCAGAACCUUCCUUCUGCUUCUCUCACAUCCAGUAAUUUGCAAAAAGGCAAAGCUGCCAGAAAGAGAUGAUCAGGGUGAAGUUUGGCACACAGGGUUUACUAAUGAGGCAAAAACUGCCUUCUCUUUCUUUUUCUUCUUCCUCUUGGCCUUAUUUUGCUCUCCACUUUUCCCAACCAAUAAAAUUUCUCUGGCAGUUGGUGAACAACAUAAACAAAUGGACCUCCUCCCAAGGACCAGACUAACCCAGCCACUUGGAAGGCAGCUGUGUGGACUUUCUAGCUGGUGGACUCCAGGUGCCACACAAGCCUGAGAGCACUGUAAUUGCAUCUCCAGCAUGUUUCCGCAGGCAUGAGUGGGCCUGCCAAGGGGUGGCCUGGGCAUACCCUUAGGCUUUGAGGUCACAGUGCAUUCUCCUUGUUCCCUUGGAAGCUGAGCCUUUAGGCCCAUGUUUCUGUUUCUGAUCCACACAGUUGGGUUUAAGAAAGCCACUUUUUAACCAGCUGCUAUAAAAACAGCAGAAUGGGAGCCAGUUUUAAGUGACCUGUAGCCAGGCCACCUUUAGGUCAGCCAAGAGGGAAAGGAAGAGGGGCAUCUUCACUCUUCCCUCUAGUUUGCAAGAAAUUCCCUUCCUAAAAUGUACCUAGACUGAAUGUUGUUACGCAUUGAGAGGCAGGUUAUGCAUAUGCAGUGUUUUCUUUUCUGCUUUAUGAAUAUUUUUAAGCUUUUGGUCUCAGUUACACUUCCCAGUGUACUGAUACGCUGUUGCCUGGAAAAUUUCUCAGUAUAAUUUCCUUCCCAACUAUCCAAAUGCUAGAGUAUUGUUUUCUACUAGCCACUAUCAGGGUUCUUGUCUGUUAUGUUGACCGUUAGCUUUUUUGAUUGGUUAUGGAUUUUACUGCAGAUGAAGAUAGAGGGCUGUCAGCCCUGAAAAACACACAGGUCAGACAUGAGAGAGGCAUGGGUGUGAGGCUGUUUCAAAUAUUGUCUGAUAGCCAUAACUUUACUAGCCCUUCUGUUAUAUGCUGCUAUUCAAAAGUGGGAGCAGGACUGGUGGAUGUAGCUGAGUGUUAGAGCACUUACCUAGCAUGCACAAAGCCCCUGAGUUCAGUCCCCAGCAUGGGGGGAAGAAAAAAGGAGUUGUUGAAUAUUCAUUGGUGCCCAGGAUUUUGCCUCCCUUCUAGGUUCGGCUGAAGGUGCACUGUACCUAAAUCAGUUGUGAAACUCAUCCAGUCCAUUGUGCUUGAGAUCAGGGGUGGGCCCUACAAAUGCGGAGUCGUUAACUCAGUUGAGGUUAUUCUCCAAGUUAGCCUUUCUGCUACUGAUAGAAAUGGGAAUGAAGUUAAGUGGUCUGAAAAACUUGAAUCGUUCACAUUUCUCAGCUUUGGGGGUCAUUUACCAGUUCAUUGUAGAAGAAAUAAUCAGGUAAGUAGUUCAUUUCCAGAGAAGGUAAAUCCCACUUACCAUCUCUGCAUGAUUUCAGUGGGAAUUGAUUAUCACUAAUCCCCAACUGGGCUAGAAUAAAUGUAAAGUUUGACCUUUUUAAAAAGAAAAGCAAAACAAAGUCUCCACACAUUUAAAGGGACAGCAGAAGACACUGAAGGUGUCUCUUUGCUCUGAAAUUAAGUGUCCCCAUUUGUAGAUUAGUGUCUUCACCAAAAUCCAUGCUCCACUGGACAGCCUGAAAGACCCCUUUCUUAAAGAGGGACUGAAGCCCCCUCUAAGGUGGGUAAGGAGCAUGUGCACAUGGUUGUGCCUGCUGUGAACAUGUGUGACCUCUCAGUUCACACUGGGGCUGCUUGGACAAGACCAGCAUCCCUUGCUACUCAUGUAUGUAUGUCAGUGCUGAGAGAAUCCUUUUACUAUUAAGUGCAAUUUGAAAGUGGAUGUGAAUUAUGGAUGGGAGACCUUUUGCACUUGUCCGUUGGCUAAAUUCUUUCUGAUUUGUCCUAACCGUAGAGACAUAGAUUCUUGACAAGUAAAGUCUGGCCCUUACAACUUGUUUCUGAGCUGGAAAAGACACUGAGACUCCUAAAUCAUUCUGUAAGAAAAAAAAAAUUUUGGUACAAUCUAAAACUGCAGAGAAGGAAAUAGGCACUCAUCCCUUGCCAUCAUCCCUUUGCCAUCUUGUGGUACCAGGGGUCUGAACAUCUACAAUUGGUCUACUCCUAAUUUAACACUUGAUUGUGUGGAUUAGGGUGUAGAAGAUUGGAAAUAAUUUGGGCUGUUUUUUUUUUUUUCUUUCCUAGAAUUGGAUUAAAUACCUUGGUAUUAAUUGACCUUCUUAGCAUCUUCCUUUUGCCUUAGAUGGUGAUGCCUUUCAGCCCAGAAGUGGAAGCAAUCCAACCCAAAAUACUGCAGGCCUUAGGAUUUAGAUUGCAAGCUUGAUUCUGAAGUAAUCCAGGAUACUUAUGGAUAGAACAUGAACUGUGUAGAUUCCUGAACCCUGGGACUGACGUACUCUUUGGUGGUUAGGUUUACCAUAUAACCUUAAUCCACCUUGCUGACCUCCCUUUCCUAUUUGGAUAAGUUCAACAGACUUCCCAAAGGCUACCAGUGGGGGUUCAUCUCCCUAUGCUUCAUCCACACAGCUGAUCAUUGACAGUCCAGAACCCUUUAUUCUAACCACAAUCUCCAUCAGUGCCAGAAAGACAGCCAUCUCAGGGGAAUAAAAGUGGGUUUUGCUUCUGGUUAUCUUUGAUCUAUAGUUAAUUUAUGAUGUCCUUAGAGCUGUGGGAAGAAAAACCAAAAGAGCAUGAUCAGCACUGCCUGAUUUUGGGUGGAACUUACUGCUUUGAUAUCUAGAAAUCCUUUCUAGUCCAGCACCUAUGAUCAAAAAUUUCUGGAGGCAGGUGACAUCCAAACCAACCCAGCUGGCUCUCUUAACUGCUGAACAGGUGUGUGGGUAAGGGUGUGCCUUCCAUGGACAGUGAGGGAAAAGACCAACCAGGAGGUUAAACCUCUGGGUACCAAGGAAACUAACACCUUCCCAAAGUAGUGAUUGCUAAAGCUCAAACACUCAUCUAAGGGACAUUCAGUGGACUCCAGUGGUGGGAACAGGCCUGGCAACACGUGAACUUCCCUGAGAACUUUUGUUGGUUCAGCUCUUUGUUCUCUAGAUUCUUAAGUACUGACUGCUUUGACUUUUGUGAUUAUGUUACGGUGAUGUAUAGUCAAUGUACCAAUAUGUUCACAACCUAGGAUCAUGGUAACAGAAUGUGUUUAUGGUUUUUUUUUAACUGUUCAGAAAACAUAAAUUACAAAUACAAGAUUAAAGUGAAUCUUCUAAGUGUCUUGUCUCUUUGACCCAACAUCAAAAGGACAGUAAGUUUUUCGCUGUACAAAUCUAAGGAAUGCACAGUAGAUUUAAGACAAUCUCACAUGAGAAAAGGAGAGCAGGUGAAAUCAGGACUGGGUGAUGUGAAGAAAUACGGGGACCCUGGCAUGCAAGUCAUGUUCCAUAUUGGAUCAUAUUGAAGCCAAAAUGAUGUCUACUUUGCAAGCUGGUUAUCAUAGCCAACCUGAGUCCUUAAUUUAAGUUUUUCUCUGUUCCUCUAGGGGGGAAAAGACAGGUCUCCUCUACAUCCCACUUGGUCUUAUUGCAGAAGAGUGAGUUUGCCUUAAGAAGCAUUUCCAGAGGCUCCACAGGCUGAGAGUUGACCCACCUGAGGGUGACCAGUGCUGCUCCCAAGUGAGCAGCACUUCUCCUGGUAAAUGAGUGUAAGGAGGUAGGUAGGCCACCAGCAUGAGGCUAUCAUUGCUAACAUUGUAACCUGAGCCUAAGCUUAAGUUUGUGGGCCUUGCCUUCAAAUAAGUGUCAGAUUCCCCCAGGAAUGGAGGUUUAGGGUGUGUCUAAGGAAACAGCCCUUUAGCUACCUUUCCUGAUGCCAGGCUAGGCCUGUGAUCCCUCUCCCCCAUAAACCUGUGGCUGUGCUGCCAUCAACAGUGACUGAAGGGAGGAGACCUCCCUUCCUGAUUUGGCUAUUGCCAGUUAAAAGCAUUUUAUUAGACUGCUAAUUAAAGGCACUUCGUCAGCAGCGGGAGAGGCCGGUGGUGCCUGGUGAGAUGGAGCUGAAGCCAGGAGAAAUUGUUUUCCUCCCCCCAUGGAAGCAGAGUCUCUUGGAACUGUCUUGGUCUCCCAACCUCUCCCGCUCAGCCUACCACACCCUUUGCCUUCAAUUCACAGCUCCAAGGGGAGUGAGGUCAUUACCAAGCCCAGAACUAGAGCCCCCAUCACUACCUCAGGCCACAGGAGUUCUGAGGGACUGCUGAAGUCCCUGGACACCUCACCCAGAAGCCAACUAGCCCAGUGGGGAGAAUUCUUGACACCACUAAGGAAUCACUCCCCAAGCAUCUGGUGUGAAUGUCACAUGGUCCCUGUGAAUGA